GAGUAUAGGCUACUAUACCGGGUCCCAUAUUUGCAACUGGCGAUACUUAUUUUACUUGAAGGAUUUAAUUUUAUUACUACGGUGGGAAUGGCUUGGAAUAGUGUUCUAGGUGUAAUUUAAGAUACAGUCGGAUUUACUGACCUCAAAAUCCUGCAUUUUUUCAGAUUCCGAUUCAGUUGUAAUAUACCCCACAACCGCGACAAUACGACGAUGGAUACUACAGUGAAUUCAGAAAGAAAUUCAGAGAAAUCGCACCUUGUGCACGAGAAAAAUGCCAAAAUAUAUUCACUGAAAAGUUCCUUUUUAGACUCCAAAGAAGAUUAUCCCAAGUUCCCGUUGGAGAACGGAGAUGCGGCUGGAGCCAUUGAGCUGAAGCAACCUGUUGGUACCCAUUGCCAUGGUAACAAAGCAGUGAACGAGGAGAACCAUGACAAGCUGCUAGCUAAGAAGAAACUGUAUAUUGCCUCCAUUGUGUGCCUCAUCUUCAUGAUCGGAGAAAUCAUAGGUGGUUACCUGGCCCACAGUUUGGCCAUAAUGACAGAUGCAGCUCACCUCCUGACUGACUUCGGCAGCAUGAUGGUUAGUCUCUUCUCUCUGUGGAUCUCCACCAGGCCCUCCACCAAAACCAUGACAUUUGGUUGGCACCGCUCAGAGAUCCUGGGAGCCCUGGUGUCAGUGAUGUCCAUUUGGAUAGUGACUGGGGCACUGGUUUAUCUGGCCAUCGAGAGGAUCAUCAGGAACGACUACGAGAUCAACAGUCAAGCUAUGCUCAUUACCUCCGGCUGCGCUGUUAUUGUGAACAUAAUAAUGGCAUACAUCCUUCACCACUCUACCACCUUUCAUGCCCAUGGCUCUGGCUACCACCAGAUUGACGAGAACGGGCAGAGCCCAGUAGGUCACGGCCACUCCCAGGUGGGUCACGGCCACUCACAUGCGCUCUUUGGUCAUGGCCACGGCAAUACCAGUGUGAGAGCAGCCUUCAUUCACGUGUUGGGAGAUCUCCUGCAGAGUGUCGGGGUCCUAGUGGCUGCCAUAGUCAUCUUCUUCAGGCCUGAAUAUAAAGUAGCGGAUCCCAUUUGUACCUUCCUCUUCUCCGUGUUCGUUCUGGGCACCACCUUCACCAUCGUCAGGGAUGUUUUCAGGAUACUCAUGGAAGGAACUCCUAAAGGAAUAGAAUUUAACUCUGUGAAGGAAGUGUUACUGUCUCUGAAGAUGGUGAAGUCCAUGCACAACCUGCACCUAUGGGCCCUGACUGCGGGACAGACUCUGGUUUCGGUCCAUGUAGCAGUCGAGGAGAAUGCAGAUCCCCAGAGUGUCCUUAAGGAGGCCACAGAGAUCCUUCAGACAAAGUUUGGAUUCUACAGCACCACCAUCCAGGUGGAGCCCUACUCUGAGGACAUGGCCUACUGCAACUACUGCCAGGACCCCAUGGACUGACACAACCACCACAGGGACGGGAGCCAGCUGUCCUUUUCAAACAGAGUGGGUACUGUGUACAUACAGAAGCACCAUUGAGGAUGUAAACUAGGAAUUGAAACACUGUGCAAAGCAUCACCAGAAGACCAAGAACAAUGUUCUGAUCCAUCAUCAGCUUUGCAGGACUCCACCAAAUGUACUUACGGUACUUUAUGCGUCAUAUCAUGCCAAAGAUUCCCAUAUGAAUACCACUUAUUCAGGAUACGUUGAUAUUCCAGACAAUGGAUUUCAUGCCAAGACAUUGUGUAGGUAUCAGGGACAGACAUUUUAAAGAUUACAAAUUUGCGCAGAAUGUAUCAGCACGUUUAUAGUACUGUAUGCAGCCCCUUUACCAGUCUGUGCUGAUGUAGUAUUUUUAGCCGUUUGGCUCUAGCAGUCCCUCAUUUACAUGGUGCAUGAGGACAGCAGAUCAUUGUAAUAGCUGGUCUCUGUAGUUUUUUGUGUCUUAAGAACUCUGAAACCUAUUCGAUUUCUGUCUCAGCCGGGCCUUUAUUUGCGUGUCAGUGUCUGCCAAAUGGUAGCAGUAUUUGGUUCCCAGCUGAAAAGAGUUCCGGAUCAAAUAAGAAACAUUGAUUAUGUCUGUGUGAGAAAUCAUACUACAAGCACACUCAUCUCACUCAGAGGAGGAAGCCAAUUUACAAAAGGAGCUGGUCAGUUAGUUUUAGCAUUGUGGGCCUUAUUCAUCUGUACCCUAGGAUAUUCCCUAUGUGGAUAAAGUAAUGAUACUAGCUGAUACUCAGGCACGCCUCUAUUCCUUAUUAUAAACAGGGUUGUUCCAAUCCUUAAUGCUAACUGGCUGAAAGCCAAGGGAAGGACAUGACAUCACUUUUGACCUCUCAAAUUGAAUUGGUAUCCAGUUUAUAACAGUAAUGUUAAACUAACCCUCCUGUCCAACAGUGUAGGUUUGUAUUGUAUAUCGGGGGGGUCAGGGUCAAUCUAUCCCAGGAUUUGCAUUCUUUUCCAGGGGGGUCACAUUGACCUCUCUGUAAUAUUGGUGGGGUUGGGGGGGGGGGCGUCCCCCCUAAUUUUAGGCCCCUGCUCCUAUCGCAAAGUUUUGUUAACAUCGUAGCCUUUACAGCUUUGUUUUGCGAUUACGCAGAUCAAGACAUCAUUGGUGCAAAGCACUUCCUCUGGAUCUUUGGACACUUACAUUUACAGUGGCUCUCAAAAGGAUUCACUCCCUUGGACGAAAAUGUGUGUAACACAUUUUAUUGUGUUACAACAUGAAAAUAAAAUAGAUUGAAUUAGGAGUUUUUGCCACUGAUCAAAACAAAUGAAAGUCCAUAAUGUCAAGUGAGAAAUAAAAACGUAAUGGAUUGCAUAACUAUUCACUUCCUAAAGUUAGUCUUUGGUUAAAGUACCGUUGGCAGCAAUUACAGCCAUGUGUUUAUAGGCACAAGCUUUGCAAAUCUGGACAUUACUUUUUGAGUUUUGUCCAUUACUCUUUGGAAAAUGGCUUAAGCCCCACCAAGUUGGAUGGAGACCUUUGGUGAACGACAAUUUCCCCCAUAUUCUUAACUGGAUUGACGUCCGGUCUUUGGCUGGGCCACUCGAAAGACGUUGACCUUUUUGUUUUUAAGCCCCUCCAGUGUGGCUUUGGCCAGGAUUUAUCCUCUAUUUUCACAAGCUUUUCAGGCUCUUAUGCAGUGAAGCAUCCCGAUAACAUGAUAUUGCCGCCACCAAGCUACACGCUAGGGGUGGCGUUCUCUGGAUGAUUUUCGGUGUUAGGCAUGCGCUAAUUACAGCACAAUUACAGACCAAAAAGCUUCCACUUGGCCUCAGUCUCUCACAUCCUUCUGGCAAACGUAUUUUUCAUUUUGACAUUGUUGGCGUUUUUUGAGAUGGCCAGUGUCAAGAACACCUAAGUGAAUUCAUUUAGAUUUCAUGUUGAAACACAAUCAAAUCUGGAAAAGUCCAAGUGGGUGAAUUGUUUUGAGAGCCACUUUACACUAUUCAGUACAUUUAUACUUACAUUUCUCUCUGCAUUAUAUAUGUACAGUACAUACAUACUUACAUUUCUCUCUGCAUUAUAUAUGUACAGUACAUACAUACUUACAUUUCU